UGAUACUUUUGUGCGUGAUUUACGUCUUCAUUCCUUCAGACGCUUUGGAACAUGAGCCGACUUGUUCAAGAUUUCCAUAUGAGGAACAGAUGUUAGGAAAAGUCAUGAAAGUAGAAGCGAAAAUGGCACAAUGGGACAAAGAGCUGAAACGAUUCGAGGAAGUUAUUUUUCUGUCUUAGAGCAUCGUAGAGAGGAAACAGAAAGACAACUAGAGAAAUUUUCUGAGGAAAACAAAAAAUUACGUGACGAGAUGAAAAAUAUAACUACAGAAGGUGAAGCGGGAAAUCCAGUUAUCGCAUUCAACGCAUACACAAACGUCAGUGGGAAAUACCCUAUGGGUCAGGUUGUCAUAUUUCCGGAAGUCCUGCUAAAUGAAGGAGGAGGAUACAAUUCGAUGACCGGACAUUUUACUGCACCAGUUGCCGGUCUUUAUCUCUUCACAGCUCAUGUAUGCAAUGAAGAAACGAAACCUACGGUAAUUUCUAUAAUGCAUGGGAAAAUCCAAAUUGCUUUGAGCACGGAGUAUGAGGACAGAAGUAUACGUACAUGUAGAGCUGCUAUGGCAAUUAAAUGUUAACUGGUAAUUUCUGUUUGUUAAAAAAAUCUUGCUUCUUUUAAUGGUACUAAAAUUUUAUUCUGUGCUAACUGAUACAUUUAUGAGUGAGCAGGUUUUUAACCUGAUACACAACACAAUUAUACUGU